CAGCACCCACGGAGGGGUGCAGCUGCCCCGGCCCGGGAGACUUUGCACCCUGGGACUCGGAGUGGGGCCUUUGCUCCCCCGCCGUAUCGCGAUGCAGACCCCAGAAGGGGCCUGAGCCCCCCACGGGGGCUGCUGACACCAGUGGGUGCGACGUGGACAAAGGGCCGGUGCCCACACCCCUCUGAUAGACCGGCGUGAGCCACGCUCCGUACCGACUCGCUUUCGGCAGAGCAUCUGGCUCUCGCCUCCCUGUUUGUUCUAGGUUUCCCCUAGUCCUGAGCUUUACUGAAGCCAUGCUUAGGCUCCGCUUACUAACGUGGGACGUGAAGGACACGCUGCUGCGGCUGCGGCAGCCGGUGGGGGAGAGUUACGCGGCCGAGGCCCGGGCUCACGGGGUCCGGGUGCAGCCGGAGGCUCUCGGUCAGUCUUUCCGGGAGGCGUACGGAGCCCAGAGCCGGCGCUUCCCCAACUACGGCCGGGGCCGGGGGCUGAGCUCCCAGCAGUGGUGGGUCGACGUUGUGAAGCAGACCUUCAGGCUCUCGGGCGUGCACGAAGACGGAGUCCUGACGCUGAUGGCGGAAAACCUCUACCGCGACUUCUGCAGUGCCCGCAACUGGGAGGUGCUGCCGGGAGCUGGCGAGACCCUGAGCCGGUGCCGCCAGCGUGGCUUCCGCAUGGGGGUGGUCUCCAACUUUGAUAACCGGCUGGAAAACGUCCUCUCCCAGUGCAACCUGCGGCACCACUUUGAAUUCGUCCUCACCUCUGAGGACGUGGGCUUCGCCAAGCCGGACAGGAGGAUCUUCGAGGAAGCCCUGCGCCUCGGCGGGGUCCCCCCGGAGCAGGCGGCUCACGUGGGGGAUGACUAUGCCCGGGAUUACAGGGCAGCCCGAGCCGUGGGCAUGCACGGCUUUCUGCUCCGGGCUGCCGGGCAGGGCAAGGAGCCGGGGGUGCCCCCCGAGCACAUCCUGCCCACGCUCAGCCACCUCCUGGCUCUUAUUGAGAAGGGGUAGCUGCGUUUCAGAGGAGGACCAGCGCUGCUGCUGAGCAGUGAACCGGUCCUGGCGUGGGAUUUCUUGCUGCUGGUUGGGCAGGGAAAAGAAGCGAGUGCUUCUGAGCGCAGGGAGCAGCGCUGCUUGCGGAGCAGGAGGGGUUUUAAUGCAAUAAAAUGUAUCCGACGCUCA